ACACAGACGUCGCUCUUUACAGGCUCGGCUGUUUGUAUGGCAGUAAUGGAUUCUAGUGAGCCACCGAAUAUUGUAGCUUUGCAAAUUUUCUGAAAGAGCAAUCUUCUUCUUAAAUAUAUCACAGAUUGUCACUUUUUAAAACCAGAUAUUCUAAAGUACUUUUUUUUCCUGACGUUCAUAUCUGGCCGCCAUGGGUGGACUGGGGAAUGGUCGUCGUGGAGGAAGAGCCCCUUCUUUAAUGAUUGCCUCCCUAAUUACCUGUAUCUUGGUUUUGGGCUUUAAAUACUGGGUGUCCAGCUCUCGCAACCUGGAGCUACAGACCAAGCUGUAUGAGCUGGAAGGACAGGUGCGACGAGGAGCGGCUGAGCGAGGCGUAGCAGAGAUGAAGAAGAAUGAGUUUCAGGAGCAGAUUCAGAAACAGGUGCAAGAGAUCAAUCACAUGGAAAGCCUUCGCAGGAAACAACUAGAAGAUGUCAGCCAAGAGAAGGCUAAAUUGCAGCAAAAUAUUUCCUCCAGCACCAAAACCAUAGAGGAACUCAAAGGUCAGCUGAAUCAGAUGAACAAUGACUUGGGGAAGCUUCAGAAAGAGCUGCAGCGUUGCCAGGCCACCCCAAACAUCCUCAACAAUAAGCUCACUGUUGACAUAGCUCACUGUCAGUCUCAGGUUCUGUCCCAAAAGAAGCUGUGUGACGAGAAAAUGGCUGCUGUUAAACUUGAAGUUCAGAAGAAUGUUCAGAAAGCUGUUCCGCCUGAAGGUGCUCCCACACAGCAGAAAAACACAGAGGCUGGAGAACAGAAAGAAGAGCCAAUAGCAAAGGCCGCUCCCACAGAGGCUGAAGCAGCAGCAGCUGCUGUGAGCCAGAAACCAAACAUCCCUCAGAGCAAAGGAAGUAAAGCUUCCGUGCUGCUCAACAACUACGUCAACAUUGACAAAGAGUUGUCAGAACAACCUCUGAUAGAUGAUCUUUCUAAAGCCGACUCCCAGACCGUUCCAUUGGCCGCUUCAGAGACCCAGAAGAAACUGGAGCAGAAAGAGGGAAAAGGAAAAACUUCUGAGACAACGACCAGAAAAGGUUUGACAAGCCAUCUGAUGGACGAUAAAGACAUAGAGGUGAUCGACGUUCAUGAGGAAGGUGCCCAAACUGAAGAAGCAGAUCCGGGAGUGCAGGACAUCCUAAAUGGUCAAGAAAAGGCAGAGGAGACAGCUAACGGUCAAAGGCCUGAGGAACCAGAUGAAUAUGACGCAGACGAGCAAAUUGUUGAUGGAGUCGAUUUGGAGAAACAGAGAAAUAAAAACACAGAGGAGGAAAUGGCUGACUACAAUGGCGACGAUGAGAAUGAAGGAGAGUAUGAAGCUGACAAACAAGCUGCACUUGCUCAAAACUGAGAGACACAAUAGAGGAAGAAUCCUCCAAACCUCCCCUUUCAGAGAACAGGAGAUGUUGUGCACCACAGCUCCGCAGCAACCAAGCAAACACAGCAAAAACGCAAACCAGUUUCAGCGUUUUCUUGAUCUCGUUUAGAUGAUCAGAUGAUCGAUCGUCGUUCCUCAUUCGAGGAUAUGUCAUCUGUUUCCUUUCUUUUUCUUUUUUUAAAUUUGUUUUAGUGAAUGUCAGACAUGACUGAAGACAUCUCAUAGCUUGACACCAUUUGGACCACGUCGAUGUAGAUUAAAAUGACAAGUAUUUUAUGAUGUGUUGACAGGUCUUAAGGUCAUUUGAUAGCAACUGUGAAUUCAGAUAUCAACUUACCGCUGUUGGGCUUCAGGGUGUGACAUACUGAGAUGAGCUUCAAGAUCUGAGUGCUUGCUGUGACACACAUCAGCCACCAGAGAGCGUUGUUACCUUUCUCAUUAUUGCAUUUUUAACAAGCGUUCACCCUUCUCCUGUAUAGUUUCUUAGAAAUUUUUUUAUAUUUGAGUUCCUGUAGUUUCCUGCUAUAUUUUUCUCAUAAAAAAUGUGGUAUUGUAGUUUAGUUUAAUUAUUGAUCAUUCCUAAAAAUAAAUAAAAAAACAUACACACAAACAUAAUUAGAGUUUAUAGAUGAUUCAAACAUUUUGUUUGAAGCAUGAUUUUAUUGCAGCACAUUUAUAUUCGGUAAUUAAUUCUACAUCAUUGUUGAAAUAUUCAGGCACUUCAUUGGGAGCAGGCUUUUCCUUCUGAGCUGUAUUUUCCACAGAGCAUCAUGUGGGUUACGGUUUGCAUCUUUGUGUAUUUGAACUAGGACAAGGAGAUGCUGGAAGUGCUCUUCUGCAGACCCUAAAUGUUGCUGCUUCAGGCUGCAUCUGCUUUUGUUGACUAGUUGUGUGUCAACAUCUUACUCUGCUGACUCUGUGGAGGUCGAAUGUGGAAAGAUGGUGAAAUUACUCGGUGUGCUCACAGUCUGCUGCAUCCUCUGUGUCAGUAUCCGGCAGGGACUUCAAAGAAUUGCUGUAUUGUAAUUGUACACAUUUACACAGAGCAGGAACAUCAAAUUGUGCAUUGUGGCUCCUCAGAGCCAGUAGAAGUGAACUGCAACUCUGAGAUGUGCUCGUGCAUUACACAGUGAAGCUACACUGAGCUGGAAACUGGGUGAGUGCAAAUAUAAGCUACUGGUAGUUGUACAUGUCAAAAGUAACAAAAAGUAGAUCUGAAUUUAUUGAAGGAAAAUUGGUUGCCUUGUGAUUUAUCCAGGACGAGAUGUAUGUUAUUUACUCAGUGUCUCUCUAAUAUAGAUGUAGUGAAGUAGAUUUUAAUUUCCAGAAUGUUUUAUCAUCAGUUGUCUGGUCCAAGAUUACAUAAUCUAGAAGUUGGAAAUGACCUUCCUAGAAUGUUUUUUGCAUAUCUGAAUGAUUUCCCUGCUGUAUGUUGUGACUUUUAUAUUAUUUUAUAAGUGCAGAUGUUACGCAGCUGAGUGGCUGAGAUGACAAAUGUUGGAAUAUCAUUAGUCACCGAUCAUGAGAUCCUGUUUUCUUUAUUCUUUAUUAUUAGUGUGAAUGCUGUAGGCAUUCACACUAUUGAGUUCCACUUUUCUGGUUGCUCCGUAAAUUUUGCCAUGCUUCUUCUCCUGUAUACUUUUUGUUAUUUUCACCAUUCAACUUUUAUACUAUUCAGCUUGCUCUCCUAAUACCGGCUAUGUCUCUUGGUAUUCAUAACCUUUAUACUUUUUAUAAUAUUCAGCUUUUUAUGAAUUUUUCACCCCAUUGGGAAACCUCCCCAUCCUGUGGCAGAAUUCAGAAUUACAAUAUAAAAUCUCCGUUGCGUUUCACAGUGGAUGUUUUAGAUCCUGCCUAUUAAUGGCAAUCAAUCAUCCAGUUUCAGGGCUGUCAUGGAGGACACAAGGCAGUGGCCAUUUUGAAGUUGGGCAGUUAAACAGCUUUUGUGCUGUUUAACACUUGGGAAUAAUUUGAGCUUUUGACAUUGUUUUUUUCGUGCUGCAUGUGGCAUGUUUUUUGUAGUCACCGUGCUAAACGAUGCCUCCAAAUCAAUGUUAAUAUCUCAGGAACCAUAAAAGGUAUGGAUUUCAUUCACCCACCGUUUCAUACAAGAAACUUGGCAUGCUUGUUCACUGAUCCUUCCAGAUACUAAUGGUGAAAGAAUCAUGUCGAUAGCCCUUAUAGUUUCCGAGAUAGAGGGGAUAGUUUGGGAUCAAAUUAAGGCGAUUUUCAACCUUCUUCAAAUUGGCCAUCAUGUUUGACACAACUUUGUGCCUUUAAUAUUAUAUUUUGAAAAAAGUGAAUAUGACAGGAAUGUUCCCUUAUUCCUUCUGAUAAAAAUUGUGGUUGAGUGAAAUCCAUACCUUUUAUAGUUCCUGAGAUAUCAACAUUUGUUUGCAGGCAUUAUUUUGCAUUGUUUUGCCAGGCGAAAGCCUCUGACUGUUUGCUCCUCAUGUUCGUCACUUCCUCCUCCUCCUGCACGUUGGAGUGGAAGUGCCACUCUUCCAUGUCUGCCUCUCUUCCUGUGUAGGUCAACAUGCUAGUGGUAGCCUAGAUGCUAUCAUUAGUAUUUUAGCUAGUUUUAGCUUUUUUAGCUAAUUUUGGCUUUUACAUGGGUUUUUCACACUGCAUGAACUAUUUCUUACCUUUUUGCAGUUGGCUUCAAACGCUUUUGCCAUUUUCACCAAACACAUUCAGCAUUCACACUUGCAUUUUCAUGGGAAAUGCAUACUUUCUAGUUACAUAUUAAAAUACAGGCCAAAACUCCAAAAAUGUUGUAAAUGUAAAUAAAACUCACUUUCUGUAAUCUAAACUUUAUGCAGUGUUUUUGAACUCAUACAAACUUCUUAAUCUUCAAAUUUUGUUAUUUUUCUUUUAUCUUUCAUUAUGCUGAAUUAUAAGAUCUGACACAAAACCCUAGCAAAUUGUGGAGAUCUGUUAAUUCAUUAAGCAGCUUUGUUUAUUUUCAUAAUCCAAAGGAAGAAGUUGCCACAGUUUAAAGGAAAAUGUCAAACAGUUUAGGUGGAAUCACAAAGUGACGUACCUGCUAAUAAGCAGAGAGCCUGUAAUGUAAUAAUUUUACCAGAAUUAUUUAAAGUUCAAUUUCAGCCUUGAUGGAAAACUGCCAAUGAAAAUCCUCGAGUACAA